UUGGUCUCUGCUGGGUUGGCUCACAAGUACUAGCUGCUUUCUAGUUAUUUUGCCUCACUAGGGGUGCACUGGUGCUAGUGGCUGAAGCGAUUCUUGAGGAUUCUAGUGUCUAAUUCCUCGCUAGUUUUGUUCCCUCUCGAUACUGGCUGCUACCGCAUUGGCUGGAGGCUUCUCACGGUCUAGAUUCCUUAUUAUAUUGCCAAUAUUGCGGACCUUCUAGGCUAGCUCACUCGUUUCCUUCCGAUGGCGAGUCAGCCAUUGCAAGGAGCGGAUCCCGCCGCUGCAGCCGCUAGUGCUGCUCCACCGCAGCAUGUCGCUCAUGCUGCUCCGCCGCAGCAUCAGGGGGGAGCGCAGGCGCAACAAGCCGCUGGUUACCAGCAUGCAAUGCACGUGAUGCAGAUGCAGGGACACGUGGCGAACGCUGGUGCAAUGCCGCAGGGAUACCCUCAACAGGUGCCUGGGUCGUACCCGAUGUACGCCAUGGGUCCCAUGGGGCCUGUUAUGGUCAACCCUCAGAUGUACGCGGCCUACAUGCAGAACAUGCAGAACAUGCAGAACAUGCAGCACAUGCAUCCCCAGUUCGCUGCUCAAGCUGCCGCCGCCGCCCAGAAAUCCGGCGCAGCAGCAGCAGCGGCUGGUGCCCCGGAGGGAGGCUCGGCAGCAGGAGGCUCGGCAGGAGCAGGCUCGGCAGCAGCCGGUGGGGGGAUUGACGCGUUUGCGAGUCUGCUUGGUAGCACGGAUCGUGCUAUGCUGGCUAAAGCAGGGGAGGCUGCCGCCCAGAAGAUGCAUGCUAAGGGCGGUAAGGGCCAGGGGGAGGAGGGCCAUGGUGCGAUGGGAGAAACCAUGCAGCAUCAGCAGCAACAUCAGCAGCAGCAGCCGCAACAGCAGGGAGGAGGUCAGCCUCUCUCACCUGGCGCCAAACCCCAUUCAGCCGCACCAGCAGCAGCAGUGCCACCAGCAGCAGGCAUGCCUGCAGGGAUGCCCCAAGGAAUGCCCCAAGGAAUGCCCCAAGGAAUGCCCCAAGGAAUGCCGCAGUACCCGCACUACGCCUACUAUCCUGGCGCAGUAUCCUGGUGGCCCCAAGGUGCCGCCCCAGGGGCCGUGCCUGGCGCUGCUCCUGGCGCAAUCCCAGCAGGUGCUCCAGGUGCUGCUUCAGGUGGAACUCCAGGUGCAAUCCCAGGUGCCGGCCCAGGUGUUGCUUCAGGUGGAACAGCAGGAGCGGUGUCAGGAGCAGUGCCAGGCGAAGGAGGAGGAGAGAGCGGUGGAGCUAAGGUUGCAGCAGCACCGCCAGAUGCGCCAGCAGCUAAGGUGCCGGCUGCUGCGCCUGCAGUGGUGGCCCCUCAGCCGAGGAAUCUUGCUGCCCCUAUUCCGCUGUCGCUGUUUGGUGAGGAGGAGGAGGCAGAGGAGGUGGAGGAGGAGGAGAGUAAGCAGGAGGGAGAAAUAGCGCCGCCUGUUGCUUCUGCUGCUGAUGGUGUAGCCGCACCUGGACCAGCCGUGGCGGAAUCGGCAGCAGCAGCAUCGUCACUUGAAGCUGAUAAUGACGAUGACGAUGAUGACUUCGGAGAUUUCUCGUCGGUACCGUCUGCUAGUGUGGUCUCUGCCACUUCUGCGGAUUCCGCUGCCUCCACUGCCGCUGCUACCACCACCGCGCCCACUGCUGCCGACUUUGCCCCUACUGGUGCUCCAGUGGACUCAGGAGCAGCUGCUGCAUCUGCAGCUUCAGCUGCUGCUGUGCCUCCAGCAGAGGAGGACGAGGACGACUGGGGGGAUUUCUCAGAGUCAUCAACACCUGCGCCUGCUGCAGCAGCACCUCCCCAGGCUGCACCUCCCCCUGCUGUGCCUCCCGCCUCUGCCUCAGCUGCUGUGCACCAGCCGGCGCCUGUUCCAUCCCCCGCGUCCUUCCUUGGGCCCAUAUCCCUGGCUGCUUUCCAAACCACAGCACCAGCACCAGCACCAGCAGCACCAGCAGCGGUGGAAGCAGCAGCUGUACCAGCAGCAGAGGCAGAAGCAGCAGCAGUGGCAGCAGUAGCUGCAGCAGCGGUACCAGCAGGCAUGGCAUUUGACCCUGACGACGACUUUGGUGACUUCUCCUCCUCCGCCUUCGGUUCAGCCGCCCCUGCAGCAGCAGCGCCAGUACCAGCAGCAGGCAUGGGACCUGGUCCUGAUGACGACGAUGACGACUUUGGGGACUUCUCCUCCUCCUCCCAAGCAGUCUCCUCGUCUAUCUUCGCCCCCGCAGCUACGGGGUCCUUAGCUCCGUCCAGUGACUCCAAGCCCCACAUUCCAUCUCCGGGCUUUGGAGCCUUCGCUCCCCCUCCUGGCACCGCCGCUGACGCUGCCCCUGCUGCUUCUGGUGCUGCUUCAGCAGGAAUUCUUACCAGCGUAGACCCCGCUGCUGAUUCUGGCCAAACGAUGGCACCAAGCAAAGAGAUUUCCUUUGAUGAUGACGAUGAUGAUGACUUUGGGGAUUUCGCAGGAACCACUGCAGCUGGAGGAGCUGUGGAUGCUGCCAGUCUAGCCACCACUGCGGGUACGCUUUCCUUUUCCCCUGAUUUUGUGGGGGUGGACCUCAGCAGCACCACGGUUACCCCUGAGCCGUCCAUCCGCUUGGAUGGGUCAGAUGCAGCGAAUCCAGUCCUCGUGCCGAGCAAUUCUGUGGCAGCAGCAGCAGAGGCAGCAGCGCUAGCAGCAGCAAUGUCAGAGAAUCAUGCUCCUGCUGCUGCUGCUACUGACGGGGGGGCUGCUGGCGUUGCUGCUGCUGGUCCUAUUCCGCUCUCGCUCUUCGGUGAUGACGUGGCAGAUGCUGAGCUGGAGAACGCUGAGCUGUCACUUGGGCAGUUCCCGUCCGCUGGCAGCAAGCCAGCAGCAGAGCAUGCAACAGGCGUGGGUGCAGGCCAGGAGCCAUCUGCUUCUGCCGCUGCCGGUACCGCUGCCUCUGGUGCUGCUGCUGGUAGUGCCAAGUCAGGGAACCUUAUGGACUUGCUCUCGUCUCUCUAUGGCAGCUCUGCGACGAGCUCUGCGGGGGGUGCAGGAGGCGCAGGAGGAGCAUCAGGAGCAGCAGGGGGGGCGGCAGUCGGGGGAGCAGGAGCAGGAGGGAGGCUGGAAGGGGGCCGGCUGGGGCAAACUUUCUCAACUGGUCGGGUGCCUUUGGCUAUGGCGUCUGCAGCAGGAUACGGGGGUCUGUUCGGGCUGCUGUCCCCAGGGACGCCACCUGCGGAUGUGCCUCUAAGGGGGUCGGUUAGUGAGCAGGUGCGGCAGAGGGGGCGGGGAGGGGGGCGGGGGGAUUGCUGGCGCAGGCAGGGGAAGGCGUGGGGGGAGGAUUGGGGGGGGAAGAGGGGGAAGGUGGGAGCGGGCUGGUGGGCGGCACAGGUUUGUCCUUUGCUGCAAUUGACGGCGAUGGUACUGGUGCCGGUGGUGCUAGUGGGGAUGCUGCUGCUGCAGCAGCUGCUGCUGCAGCAGCUGCUGCUGCUAGUGCUGCAGGUUUAUCUGGUGCAGGUUCUUCUGCUCCAAAUGCGUCCUACCGCAGCAGCGGCCUCCCAGGGGGCGGCCUACAGGGCCUGGCCACAGACCAAACCCUCCCCAUAGUCAGCUCCCAACUGGGGGAGGGCGUAUUCAGCGAAAGCAUUGCUGCAGCCCUGGCUUCCGUCCUCCAGCCGACCGUAGUCCGCCUGCCCAGCUCAGUCUCCCAGGAGCGGUGGGAGCAGACACUAAGGGAGUUAGCUGAGGGGGCGGAGAGUGUGGAGAGGAACGAGUUUGGGCGCCUGACGGGGGAGCUGGUGAGGGAGGGGCGGAUGGAGGAGGCUUAUGCGUGCCGGCUGCACGCUGCUGCGUUCCAGCUGCUGCCCGACUGCCAGACGCAGUAUUCCAUGGCGCUGGGGGAUGGACGGGUGGAGGCUGCUGCUGCUGUGAGAGAGGAUAUGAAGCGAAUGGAGACAGUUCUGGGCAGUCCUGCAGCCGUGGAAGGGUGGAGGGAGAGGAAAGAACCUUCAGCAGCAGCACAUACUGUAACAACGGACCAGGAGGAUGGAGGCAAAGCAACGAAAGAGGGUGGCACAGCGGAGAAAGAGGCAUCAACGGAAGGGAUGGACGACGGCACGGCAGGAACUGAGCCUGGAUUGGAAGGGACAGCUGGCGUCGCAGCAAACUCCGAGGAAGCUGGAGCAGCACCUGCUACAGCCAAAGUGGCUGAAGGGGCAGCGGACAGCAAGCCUAAGAGGGACGUGGCGUCCCUGCGGUGGGACGAGCGGUCGGUGGGAGAUAUGGGGGAGCUGCUGGGGCGCAGUGCAGGGGACGCCAGGGCGGCUGCUUUUGAGGCGGAGUUUAAGCAGCAGGAGAUCUGCGAUCUGGCCGCCAAGGACCUCACAGCAGCGCUGCUGGUGCACAUAAGAGCUGUCU